AUGAAUUUCACAUUAUCACGUGAUUUUGUGAUCCAUACCCUUAUAAAAAGAUCGCCAUUAAGAGCUUUCGUUGAUGAAGAAACGGCGGAACGUGGCUAUGUAUAUUUUCAUCAGAAGGUGGAUAUUGAAGUGGAUAUGUUAAACCAAAUUAUACAGGGUUAUACUGAAAUAAUCCUCAAACCAAUUCGUUUUGACAUUGAAGUUAUAAGAUUACAUCUCCGACAAUGUUGCGUUAAAGAAAUAAAAAUUAAUGAUUUUCCGGCAAGCUUCCAGAUAAAUGAUUCAGAAGAUUCCGGGAUUGUUGGUGAAUUGAUAGUGUAUAUUCCUGAUGAAAUAACGGAUAUUCCUUUGAUUGAUCAGAACGAAGAAUGGGUAUCUAUUGUAGUUAGAGUUGACUUUUCAUUAGAAAAGCCCAAAGCCGGCAUUCACUUUAAACUUCCCGAUCAAGACAAAGAGGUUUUCAAACCACAAUGGGAUCCAUACAUGUUUACAAUAAAUAGUCCAUCACCUGGGGCAGCAAGAUGUUGGAUUCCUUGUUUAGACCGUAUUCGAGAUCGAUGCACUUGGGAUUUUUUUGUAACCGUGUCAGAUAUCGAAGGGUUCGAUAAGAUAAUGGUGACAGAAUCGCUAAUAGAUUACAACAAAAGAACAUUUCAUUAUAAUUUAUCCGUUGCGACACCAGCUCAGUAUAUUGGAAUUGUUUGUGGUCCAUUCAUUGAUCCAUAUGUAUUGCAUUAUCCUGGUAAUGAGGAACUUCUGCCCAAUCGGCCAAUGAUUGUGGCUUAUAUAUCCGCGGAAUGGGAGAAGUGGUUACUUUCAACAUUAUAUCCUAAUUCCGAUGAACCCACUGAAGAUACUUAUUGGUUACAUAAUGCAAUGGACUAUUUUAUUGAAGGAUAUUCACAAUUUAACUUGCAUCCAGAGUUUGACAAAAAUAAUCCGAAAGUUAAACCUGGAAAAUUUCCAUUUAAACGUUUCCAAAUUGUUUUUGUGGACCAUACAUAUUCGGAUAUAACUGUAUGCGCGGGACUUGUGAUUUGUCGGUUCACAACACGACGACUCUUGAUUAAUGCUAUAGCGCAACAGUGGUUUGGAAUAUUUAUUCCUCCGUAUUCAUGGCGAGAUUAUUGGCUUGCCGUUGGUCUAGCCAAUUUUUUCGCUGAUACGUAUUUUAAAAAAUUAUUUGGAGAAGAAGAAACAAAAUUUUUGCGUAAAAAAGAUAUCGAACUUGUAUGUCAAUUAGAUGUGGGCAAACCGCCUUUAUGUUCAUCAAAUUGGAGUAAACCAUUUGAUUCAAAAGAUCUUGAAUUCGUUUCUCUUAAAUCACCAUUGGUACUUUGGAUGUUAGAUAAACGAUUUCCAUUUCUAGAUUAUCGACGAGGAAUUCUUGGUAUCAUAUAUUUAAUAUUAAAUAAAGCCAAAGAAGAUACCGAUCAAAAUAUUCGACCAGGUUUUUUAUAUACGGAACAAUUUUUGGAACAAUGUAAAGAAGUUAUUCGUCAAGAAUUAAGGAAUGAAAUAACAAAAUUUCAAAAACAAUGGAUAUUUGGGUCGGGUUGUCCUAAAUUUAAAAUUCGAGCGCAUUUCAAUCGUAAAAAAUUAGCGGUGGAAUUUAAAUUUGAACAAGGAAACACUAAUCUUAUUGGGAAAACACAAAAUUCGGAUGGACCGAAGACAACUCAUACUCAACCAGACGGAAUAGAAUAUAUCCAUACAAUAUACUUACAAGGGAAAAAAGAGACACAUUCAUUAAUUUAUCAUACUAAAUAUAAACGUUCAAUGGUAACUGUUAAAUCUCACAUGCAUCGAGAAAAAGGUAAUUUAGAAGCACAUCCUCCAUCUUAUAUUACAGAAGAUGAUCCAGGAGAAUAUCCACUACAAUGGGGAAUGGAUCCUGAAUCUGAAGCUAGUGAUUCAUCGGAAUGGCAAAUUAAUGAAUGGAUUAGUGAAGAACGAGCUAGUAAUGCAAGUUGGAUAGCGAUAAUUGAUUUUGAACAAGUUGAUUAUAUGUGGGCUUCAUUAUUAGAAUCCCAAUCUGAUGUAAUCUCACAUUACCAGGCUAUUCAAGCAUUAUCUCGAGCUCCAUCCAAAGCAUGUUCUACAACUCUUAUGCGUACAGUUCGAGAUUGGAGAUAUCAUUAUAGAAUUAGAAUGGAAGCUGCACUAGCUAUGGCUAAGUGUGCGAAAGAAGAAUUAGAUUAUAUUGGAGCAGAACAAUUAAUGAAAAUUUAUGGAAAAGAUUAUUGUGAUUAUCGUAAUGAAACAAAAUUCUUACCUAAACCAAACGAUUUUAGUGAUUGGGAAGAAUAUUAUAUUCAAAAAGCAAUUCCUUAUGCACUUUCUUGUGUACGAGAACCGACGGGGAAUACUCCAGAAAAUAUAAAGAAAUUUUUACUUGAUCUUUUGAGCUGGAAUGAUAAUUCAAUGAACGAGUAUUCAGAUGAUCAUUUCAUUGCUAAUCUUAUAGAAUCAUUAGGAAAUGCUUUCAUUCCCGAUGAAGAUCAAACCAUAUCCGAUCCAGAUGUUGAAAUCUAUGAUUUAUCAUGUGAUUCGCAGGCAUAUUUGCAAGAAGCGUUAGAAACUUUAGAAAGAUAUUUAACACGUCAUAAACUGUUUAAUUCUUAUCGCGCAUUACUUGUCACAGCAACUAUUAAGGCUAAGAGCAGUUUAAUGUUGACAGCAUUAAAUGCAUUGAUUGAUUUGGAUUUCCAUAAUAAAACGGAAGUAGCCCAAUAUUUUGCAUUUCUUGCUGAAUUCGAUUCCGAUUUAGCAAUUAGACGUUUUCUUCUUAGUAAAUUUGGUGAAGAUAGAGGUCCCCAAUGUUGGGAUUUACCAAAACGAGCUUCUUCACCUCGUUUACUGAAGAUUAUUUACCAUCGCAUAAGGAAUUUAGGUCAUGAAUAA